AUGCGGCAAUUUUUAUUGCUGAUUCGAAAAGAUUUCAUUCUUAUGCGAAGGAAUAAAUUAUGGACAUUUUUCGAGAUAUUUGUUCCAAUUAUUAUUAUGGGCCUAAUCAUGUUUGGGUUAUUUAAGGUAAGCUAAGAGGGGCAACUUUUAGAUUGAACACGAGUUCAAAAUUUUCUCAAAAAUUGUGAAGUCAGAAUUUCAUUUUUUUUGUUAAAAAUCAGAUAAACAAAUUCAGGCGUCAUAUUCAUAUUCUAUAUUAAAUUCGAAUUUUCGGUCUGAACAUCAAGCUUUUCAGUUCCUAAACUUGAUUCUAAAUAUUUUCUAAAAAGUUCCAUUUGGAUAUCUUUUGAAUGUUCUGAAUACUAAAACUUAAUAUCUGCUAAACUCUCCUUAUAAAAUAUAUUUUCAGAUGAGAGAUGAACUUAACUCCGAAACACAACCCACAUCGUUCAAUCCAAUUUUCAUAAAUGGAACAAAAAGUGAUUUCGAUGAUUCAGGAAUUUAUUAUAAUUAUUGGUGUGGUCAAACAGAUUUGAGAUUUGGAUAUUCGUCAAAGAAUGGUAAUCUGAGCAAUGCUCGAACAAUUAUCUCCGCUUUCGGAAAAAGAAUCAAAAAUUCAAAAGUGAACGUAGAAUUAGUAGAAGGAAGCAAAGAGAAUGAUUUAAUCUUUGCAUUGGAAAAUGAUGUCAAAAAUGGAAGUGGAUGUAGAGUGAACACGUUUAUUGGAGCUGUUAUUUUUGAUGAAAUCGAUUUCACCAAUAAGAUUUUGAAAUAUCGAUUAUAUAUUCCUGAUCGGAAUGAUGAGAAUUGGAAUUUUGAUAAAAAUUGGAUGUAUCCUUAUGGUAAACGGGAAGAACCUUUAUAUCCGAAUCCAAUUUAUUACUCUUCUGCAUUUCUCACAUUUCAACAUGCUAUUGAAUCAAGUUUUCUAGAAAUUGCAAAACCCUCAAAUGGAAGCAGGAAUCCUGGGAUAGAAUUGCAAGCAUUACCUGAACCAUCAAUCAAAAAUGAAUUUAUGGUAACUUUUAUUGAUUCAUUCCCCUCAACAUUUGCUCUUAUCAUAUUUAUCAACGUGGUUCAUAUCACACGAGAAAUUUCAACAGAAAAUGAAGGAGUUAAACCAUAUUUAUCAGCGAUGGGAUUGUCAACACCGAUGUUUUAUUUGACUCAUAUAAUCGUGUCGUUUGCCAAAUAUCUUCCUAUUAUUUUCAUAGUUGCAAUACCACUAUCAAUGAUUAUUACGGUAUAUUUUCAUCAGAUGGAGUUUUGACGGAAAAAUUAACUCCUUUUAAUAAAACUAGUUUUUUUUCAGUUACUCGACAUAUUCCCUCUGAUUCUUUUAUUCCUUUUGUUCGGUUUGGGUGCAAUAACUCUUGGUGCAAUGGUUGCUUCAUUCUUCAAAACUGGAAAUAAUUCAGUCAAAGGAAUUCUUAUAGUUUGGGGAAUUGCAAUCGCUAUUCCGAUGAUUUAUAAACCAGAAAUUGAUAAUUAUCCAAUUUGUAUUUUAUAUGGUUUGAAUAUUCAUGGAGCUUUUAAAUUGGCCAUCGAAGCUAUUAUGACACAUCUUAAACGAGAGCGAAAUUUGUCUGUUUUUACAAUGUUUGAUGAUUUAAAAUAUGAGUUCCCAUUUGGAUUUGCACUUUUACUUAUGAUUUUCGAUUGUUUAUGGAUGUUUUGUGUAGCAAUGUUGGUUGAUAAAAUGCGAACAUCUACAGAUUUCAAUUGGAGAACACUUUUAUGUUGGAAAAAAUCGGUAACUAUUAUAAUCCAUUAAAUACACAACUCUUCAUUUUUUGUCAGAACCUAAAACAACAAAACAAUCAAGACAUCAAUAUUUUGGAGGGAUCAAAUGAGAUUGAUAGAGCUAGAAGUUCCGCGGAAUCUGGGAUCGUUGUGAAAAACUUGGUGAAAAUUUGGUCAAGUACUGGAGAAAGAGCAGUUGAUGGAUUGAGUUUUGAAGCGAAACAAGGACAAGUUUCUGUUCUAUUGGGCCAUAAUGGAGCAGGAAAAUCAACAACGUUCCAGAGUUUAUCAGGAAUAAUUCAGCCGACUUAUGGUAAAUCAAUUGUUGUACGGGAAUCUGUCAAAUCUUUCUUUUAAGGUGAAAUCAAGAUCAAUGACAGAAAUGUAGUUGGUAAUGGAAGUUCUACUUGUGAAUUUAUUGGAUUGUGCCCACAGUAUAAUCCACUUUAUAAUAAACUAACAGUUGAGGAACAUCUUUGGUUGGUCAAUGGAUUGAAGGGAAAACAAGCGGAUAACAAUUUUACCCAAGAAAUGAACAGAUUGUUACAAGAUGUAAAACUCGGUGAUAAGAAAAAUGAACUAUCUUCAAAUUUAUCAGGAGGAAUGAAACGAAAAUUAUGUGUUUGUAUGGCAUUGAUUGGAUCAUCUGAAGUUGUUUUAUUAGAUGAACCAACAGCUGGAAUGGAUCCUGGAGCAAGAAAAGAUGUUCAAGAUUUAUUAGAAAGAGAAAAACAAAAUCGAACAAUAUUAUUAACAACACAUUAUAUGGAUGAAGCUGAAAGACUUGGUGAUUGGAUUCUUAUUAUGUCACAUGGUAAACUUGUUUCAUCUGGAACUACUAAAUUCUUGAAACAAAAAUAUGGAACUGGUUAUUUAUUGACUGUUGUGCUAGAUGUUAACGGGGAUAAAGAGAAGAUGAGUUGUAUAUUAGAGGAAGUUUGUCAAUAUUAUGUUCCUGGAGCUAAACGUGGCGAACGUCAUGGUCAACAAAUUGAGAUAGUUUUGCCAGAAUCUAACAAAACAACCUUCUCAUUUUUAUUCAAAGCAUUAGAAGCUAUUCAAAUCAAAGAGUGAGUUACAUAAAACAACAGUAUUUUUGGAAAAUUGAUUUAUGCUACGAAUUUUAGUUUGGAACAUCCUGUAUUUUCAAAAAUGCCAAGUACUCUUCGACAAAAGUUACGAUUUUUGAAUACGACAAGUUUUGGAUUAUCAUUGAAUACUCUGGAACAAGUUUUUAUAACUGUUGGAGAUCGGGUUGAACAAGCUAUAGGAGAGGGAAAGGUAGAACUUGAAUUUAAAAAUUUCAACACUCAUCUGUUAAUUAAUUUUAGACCAAUGAAAACAGAGAGAGCUUCGAUAAAUUCAUCAGAAGUCAAUCAAAUUGCCCAGAAAAAUCAGGAUUCUCAAAAGUUUUCUCUCAAAUGAUCGCAAUUUUCCGGAAGAAGCUAUUAUACACUUUUAGGAAAUGGGGAAAUCUUAUUGGACAAGUUGUUGUUCCGAUAUUUUUAGUGCUUCUAAUUGUGCUUCUUUCGAAGAAGAAAAGUGGAAUUGAUAACAAAGUGAUUUCUGGGAGGAAAUUGGAUUUGACUUCUACAAGAGUGAUAUGGAAUGGAAACAAUCAAAAUGAGAAGAUUCGAAAAAUAUUGGACAGUGAGCCUGUGAAAUUUAUCCACAAUGAUUUUUCGGAUAAUUUGUUGAAUAUCACAAAUAAAUUGAAGGGUGAAUUACCGCCAGCCGGAUUUGGAUUCAGUUAUGGAAAUGUCACAUUAUUCAACUUGCGAAGUUAUCAUGUAACUCCAGCUCUAAUUUCUUUGACAAAUCGAGCAAGAUUAAUGGAUUCUGUAGAUUCUAAAAUUCCAAUAAUCGAGUCAACUAUCGUAAAAGUAUCAACAGAUAUACCAUCAGAAUUUAACGAGUAUGAAAAAAUUGCUAAAGGAAUUCUAACUCCAACAAUGAUUCUGGUCUUAGCAAUGAUUACUUCAUCAUUUGUUAUGUUUUUAGUGGAUGAGAGAGUAUCAAUGUUUGCACAUCAACAAUUUUUGACUGGUGUUUCGCCAAUCACAUUUUAUGGUGUUUCAUUCAUUUUUGAUUUUUUGAUGUAUUCAGCAGUUUGUGGUAUAUGCUUUGGUAUUAUCAGUAUGUCUGAUUUAGUUCCAGCCAAUUUUGAUAUGUGAGUUUCGAGGAAUAUUUAAGAAUAAACCUCAAAGGCUUUUUUCUCGAAAAAUCUAGAAAAACAUGCUCCAUAAUCUACGAACUUUUUUCAGAGUGAUAAUGUUUUCGUUCAUAUUUUUCUUUGCAUCAGUUCCAUUUGUUUAUGCAGUUUCUCUCUUAUUUGAUUCACCUUCAAAGGCAAAUGUUCUUCUUAUAAUUUAUCAAAUAGUAAUUUCUGGAGUUAUUGCCAUUUUCCUAUAUCUCGUGAUGCCUAUACUUGUUGCGAAUCAGAAGUUAGACGAGUUCUGGGAGAAAUCAUUCAAACUGCUUUUCAAUUUCAUUAUGCCUGCGUAUGCUUUUGCAAACGCAAUGUUAAUUGCACCAUUUGCUCCACCAACUCUAUCGAAAGCGGAUUUACUUUCGUGGAAAAUUUUGGGACAAAAUGCGGUUCUAAUGAUUGCUUUUGGAAUAAUUUCAUCGAUUCUGUUCAUAGUUUUGCGAUUCAAAUCAGUUCGGAAAGUUUUGUCGCAAUUUUUCUCGGUGAGAAAUUCUCGGACAAGCUAAGUUUCUGAAGUUCAACAUGAUUUUCCACCUUGUGAAGCUGUUGGAAGAGAAGAUGCCAGAGCAAACAAUGCUAAUCCAAAUGAUUAUGCGCUGGUGAUAAAAGUAGGUUCAGAACUUUUUAAAACUCUACAGCUUCUCAAAUUUUUCAAAAAUUUCAGAACCUCAACAAAAAAUUUGGAAAAUUCACAGCUGUAGAUAAUUUGAAUCUUGUGAUUGAGCAGAAAGAAUGUUUUGGAUUAUUAGGAGUGAAUGGAGCAGGAAAAACAACAACUUUCAAUAUUCUAACGGGCCAGGCAUUUUCGACAAGUGGAAUGGCUACAAUUGGUGGAAGAGAUGUUACUGAAAGAGUUGUAAGUUUCUAUAACUAGCAGAGAGAGUCCAAUCAAUUUUUUCAUAGUCUAUCGGAUAUUGUCCGCAGUUCGAUGCCUUGCUUCUAGACCUAACUGGCAGAGAAGUAUUAGAAAUUCUCGGACAAAUGCAUGGCUUCAAAAACUACCGCGAAAAAGCAAACCUCGUCCUAGAUUGCGUUGGAAUGCAAAAACAUUCGAACAAACAAAUUCGAUAUUAUAGUGGAGGACAAAAACGAAAAAUAUCAGUUGGAGUAGCACUUUUAUCACCAACACAAAUGAUAAUAUUAGAUGAACCAACUGCUGGAAUUGAUCCAAAAGCAAGAAGAGAAAUAUGGGAAUUAUUAAUUUGGACAAGACAAAAUUCGAAUAGUGCACUUAUGUUAACAUCACAUUCAAUGGAUGAAUGUGAGGCAUUAUGUUCAAGAAUUGCUGUAUUAAAUCGAGGAAAAUUAAUUGCUAUUGGAACAAGUCAAGAAUUAAAAUCAUUGUAUGGGAAUAAUUAUACAAUGACUUUGACUUUGAACAACGUUGACGAUCGCCAAAAAAUCGUUCAUGAAGUCAAAAAUCGAAUACCCAACUCAGUUCUUCGAACUCCAGAAACCAACAAAACUGUUAAUCUUGUCUGGCAGAUUCCAAAAAAUCCCCAAGAUCAAUGGUCGGAGAAGUUUGAGAUGGUUCAAAACCUAGCUAAAACUCUGGAUGUUAGUGAAAACUACAUCUAGAACUUUGAUAAUUGAUUCUUUCCAGGUGAACGACUACAUCCUCUCGCAAUCAUCUUUAGAAGAAACAUUUUUGCGCCUUCCCGGGGUCAAAGAAUAA